AUGUUGUGUUCGUUUCGAGGAAGAUGCUUAUUUAGAGUAUACAUGAAAUCAAAACCUGCGAAAUAUGGGAUCAAAAUUUUAUGCCUUUGCGAUUCUAGAAAUCAUUAUUUGUACAAUGCUUUUAUAUAUACUGGUAAAACAGAAUCAAUAAGAACUGAUGUAUCUAUACCUACACGUACAGUUUUGGAAUUAGUCGGACCUUUGAAGAAUUCAAACAGAAAUAUCACGGCAGACAACUGGUUUUCCUCGAUCGAACUGGUCGAUAAACUGAAAAAGUGGGCUUGA